AAAAAGCAACGUUUGUGUUAGCUCAGCACACAGAUCAAGAGCCACACCCACAACAGAAGAAGAAAAACAAACAAUCACAAAGCUGAAAAACAAAAAAAAUAAAAAUGUAUGAGACUAUUAUUGGAAAUUAUUACAACAUUUAGAUGUCUUGAUAUUGUUACGAAAAAAAGAAAAACAUUGCUGCAGCAACAUUCUGGUUUUAGGUAUACUGUGACUUUUGUUGGUUCACACAGGAGGAAAUGAGGCAGCCACACACACACGCAUGCACACACACCUCCUGUUGCUCGUCACCAUCAGCAGUGACAGGAAGCGUCCGUCUCUGCUCGUUCUUCACGUCGUGCUGUUGGAUGUUUUAUUUGAGCAGCUGCCUGUUUUUCUUCUAACAAAACAAAACAAAUCUGAAAAUACAUCAUUGGGUUUCUUUAAUUCUUCUUCUAAAGCAUACAGCUUUUGAAGGUUUGAAAGUUAAUACAAAGGAUUUACUCGUCGAAAGUUCUUUUUAAAAAAAAAAAUAAUAAUAUUGACAGGUGGAGAUGAGUUCUGAAGGUCUGGGGCUCGCGGAGGGCCUGGGUGAGGAGGACAUCAGUCAGGAGGAGUUGGACUUCUCCGACCUGUUUCUGUACAACUCAUCUGGAGAGGAUUUCCCUGUCCAUAAAGAUGACUCAGGUUCUCUCCUGCAAAACAACAGCCAGCCUCCCCUGCUGGUGGUCGACCAUCACGCUUCGUCGUACAUCUCCAGCUCCAACCAGCUGGCCUCCAGUCAGGACUUCUCUCACAGCCCCACCACAGAGCAACUGUCAGGGGCGGUGUUUAACUCCCUGGGGCUGACAACAAGACCAGGGAACAUCCCUGCUCCCAGCCCCAGGAUUGAGAUCACCGUCACGUCGGGUGACUCUCUCAGCUCUCACACCCUGGACCCGAGCCCCGGCACCAAAGCUCUGGGUGCCUACAGGGACUGCGUGAGCCCAGCCAGCAGUAACUCGUCCACAGGCUGGCCUGCAGAGGCGUACUCUCCUGUGGCUUCACCGUGCGUCUCCCCUUCAGUCGGAGGCUGUAACGUGGGGUUGUCUGCAUUAGACCUCUGUCCAGUCCUCCAAGGUAUCCACACUUCUUCUGCCCACUCCUCUCCAGGAGCCUCACCUCGCAACAGCAUAACAGAAGAGACCUUACUACAGCCCCAGAACCAACAACCCGCGUCAUCAAUCCCUCACCAGCGGUCACGCUCUGCCUCACCGCACGGAAAACGCUCCUAUGACCAGACCAAUCCCUAUCAAGGAGGCACUCCCGUCAAGCAGCGCUCUCGCAGCCCAAGCCCCAUCCCCUUGUCUCAUGAGCAGCAGGGGACCUUCUACCUUCAGGCUCAAGCUGAGUUCCAGCCCCAAGUCCAGGCAUGCUCCCUGGGCCUGGAGGAGAUGCCGAACAGCCUCACCUCCAGUCAGCCCAGAGUGGUGCCUGCUGCAGUGGUGAGAGAUGCACAUGUGCAGGCUCAAAGGCUGGACUGUGUGCACAGAGAGGGGUACGACUGGGCCAUUGAGCAGGAGAGGAUGGGCAGGACAGGACCUGAAGUCAAGUCUGAAACCUUCUAUAUGCUCCCAACUGUGUGGCCUCCUCCUCAUACAAUCCACCAAGGAGCAUUCAGUGCUCUGCCCGUGGCUCCAGCCCCACUUCCAUCUUUAGAGUGGCCGUUGCCCAGUAAGUCCGGUCAGUAUGAGCUUCUUAUCCAGCAGCAGCCCAGAUCCCACCACAGAGCUCACUAUGAGACAGAGGGAAGUCGCGGGGCUGUGAAGACAUCUAAUGGAGGGCAUCCGGAAGUUCAGCUCCAUGGGUACCAAGGCACGGCUCCACUGGGGCUGCAGGUCUUCAUAGGAACAGCCGACGAGAGGCUGCUGAAGCCGCACGCUUUCUACCAGGUGCAUCGCAUCACCGGGAAGACCGUCACCACGCCUAGUAUGGAGAGGAUGACCAAUGGGACCAAACUGUUGGAGAUCCCUCUGGAGCCCAAGAACCACAUGAGAGUGGUUAUCGACUGUGUAGGAAUCCUGAAGCUGAGAAACGCCGAUAUCGAGUUGAGGAACGGUGAGACGGACAUUGGACGAAAAAACACACGUGUUCGUUUGGUGUUCCGUGUCCACAUUCCUCAACCUGGAGGCCAAAUCACAUCCCUUCAAGUUGCCUCUGAGCCUAUUGAAUGCUCCCAGCGCACAGCUCAGGAGCUCCCCGCGGUCGAGAGGCAGGAUCUGGAUCGAUGCUCAGUACAUGGCGGUCAGCAAAUGGUCCUUACUGGACAGAAUUUCACACCUGACUCCAAAGUGAUAUUCUCAGAAAAGACACAAGAUGGGCAACAAAUCUGGGAGAUGGAGGCUACUGUGGAUAGAGACAAGACGCAAGCUAAUAUGCUGUUUGUUGAGGUACCUCCCUAUCGAGACCAGACCAUUUCCCACCCAGCCAAGGUCAACUUCUAUGUCAUCAAUGGGAAGAAGAAACGCAGUCAGCCUCAGCACUUCAUCUACACUCCAGUGAUAGCUAUUAAAACAGAACCACUAGAGGACUACCAGUUGAAUUCGUACAGCUACUCAGACAAACAGGCUUUGACUGGCCUGUCAAUGAAGUCACUCCAUCACCACCUGGAGCAGGACAGCAACCUUCAAGCCUUGAAUAUUUCUCCAACACUGUACCAUCUAACCACUGUAGACGCCAGAGCCCACGUGUUAACCACUGACCAACUGGACGACCAACCAGUCUAUUACCAGUCCAGAGACGGCACUCUCAUCAACAACUCCAUGCUGUACCACACUGCAAACCAACAUUACAGCAACUGUGGUGCCGCCUUCCUUGGUGGUUCCCCAAUGGCUUCCCACCCUGCCUCCACUCCCAGCCAGUGUGUCAGUGCCAGGGCCUCUUUGGCCAAAUUGGGCCAGGGUCCUCACGUCGGUGAUUCAUUUGAGGCCUGUCUGAUGUCAAGACAUCAGAGUUUUGUGCAGACAGCACUGCCACUAGGAAAGUCACCACCUUCGAGGUACAUCUACACUCAAGCUCAAGCUCAAGCUCAAGCUCAAGCUCAAGCUCAAGCCCCUAAGCCCGUAGGCCGAGUGGAGCCCAGCAUGCAGUGUCUGAACCAGAUCAGCCCUGGAAGAGGAAACUAUGAGGAACAGGCACCAGAGAGGGUCACAGUAAAACAAGAGAACCUUCGCUAUGCUUACCUGGAGGAUGUCAAUGACAUCAUAAGAAGAGACCUGAGAGGCCACAAUGGCGAAUGAACCUUGGAGACCUGCAGCUGCCCUGAUAUCCAUUCGAUGUAAAGCUUGGUUAGCAGUAAGCUUAAAAGGUGGACUAAAUAUGAGCACAAGGUCCUGAUUGUCUUGGAAGAAGUUUUGUACUUGUGAAGUUGUAAACCAAAUUGUUGGCAGAUAUUUAAGGAAAGCAGUAGAAACGUAUCCACUAUAGGCUAAUGUAGAGUGAUUCACAUUCCAAACACAGCUACAGCAUUUCAUAUGAAAAUACAAGUCCACUCUUUGUUAGCCUUUAAUAUUGCCUUAUUUUUGAGCCUUAGCAAAGAUAAUAGAACAUGUGUCAUACCGUAUAUUAUGCAUCUUUAGGUUGUUUUUUUUUUAACCAGUUUGAAUUCUGUCUGUUCAUAUAUUUGUACAAUUUCUCUUUUAAAGCAUGUAUACAAUAUUUUUUAUUAAAUAAAUGCUGUUUAUAUUAAUUUGUGUGUUUUCAUCAAGAGCAGGAAUGGGUUGAGGAAUUACUUAUAUAAAUAUUCUAAAACUGCCUUUGUGUUAAAGCUCUAGUGUUGGGGUAGAAAUGUUAAUCAGAAGACUGAACAUAAUAAACACAUUUUGGGAAUUAAAUAAACAAACUCCCUUCAUUU